UGUCUAACAGUCGUAUUUUCAUUAACAUUUAUUUACUUCCGGAAUCAACACGUGAAUUCGUAAAAACUUAGGGUUUUAUCAGUUACGAAGGCAGGUAUGGAUUUUGAAGAUGACGCUCAGUCUGAAGAUAUUCCAAGUAGUGGAGAAGAGGAUAACACAGAUGAGAGGAAACACAAUCAGUUACUGGAUGCUCUCUCUUCCCUUGAUGGCAAGAAAAGGAAUAAACUUUCACAAAGGACAGUCAUCAGCAGUCAAGUCUCAGAAUUUAACUUUUCUUCAAGUAAAGAUAAGACAAGUGUUGUGCGGCUUAAUGAGUUGGUUGGUUCCCUGAAAGAGAGUACUAGCCAUGGUGAACUGAAGAACCAGCUAAGAAAUAUCAACAGAAAUAAAAAGACUGUUUCCACACCACUACCUAGACAUGAAAAGGAAAAGAUUGACCGAGCAACUGCGUAUGAGACUACCACAGCAGACAUCUCUAAAUGGGAUCCUAUCAUUAAAAGAAAUAGGAAGGCAGAUCAGAUAGAGUUCCCACUGGAGAAGCCAGAUUUUAAGAUAGUUACCACAGAUCAGCUUGUCAAAAGAUUUCAGCCACGAACUCCGCUGGAGAGACAAGUAGCAGAGUUACUACAGGGCAGUGACAGUGUGGUACAGAAUAAAGAACAGGAACUGACACCUGCUGAGCAAAAAGCUCUACAAGCCAUGGAUGUUAAAGAGGCUAAAGAAAGAAGAAUGGAGUUGAUGAAAUACCGAGCAUUACUCUCUUACAAGGAGGCUAAAGCAAAACGACAGAAGAAAAUCAAAAGUAAAAGGUAUCACCGAAUAUUGAAGAAAGAGAAACUGAAAAAUGAAAAGAAACAUUUAGACAAGUUACAAGAAGAAGAUCCAGAAGGUUACCUCGACAAGUUGAACCUGCUGGAGAAGGAUCGAGCCCAGGAGAGAGUCAGUCUCAAACAUAGGGGCGGCAGCAAGUUUGCUAAACGACAAAUGAUCUAUGCCAAGUAUGAUGAUAGGGCAAGGCAAGAAGUUCAAGACAUGUUACAGAAAAGCAGGACAUUGACAAAGAAAGUGGAUGUAGAAUCAGAUUCAGAAGAUGAAAAAUUCCUGGAUGUUGGUGUUUCUAUUGAUAACACAGAGAUAGAUGUUGCUGCAAAAUCAGACAACCCUUGGAUGGCAAGACCUUCAAGUGGAAAACCAAAUGUUAGUUACUCCAGACCAGAAGCAAUAACUGAUCAUGACAGUAGAGAUGAAAAUGAACAAUCUGAAUAUUCUAGACCAGCUGAAGUUGUUAAUAAGGCAGCUGGUGUUGAUAGUGAUGAUGGAAACGAAGAUUCUGAGAAUGAGAAGACAGACUCUGAGGAUGUUGAUAAUGUAAAAGAAACUGAAUCUAAUGGAGAUAAUGAUGAAGAGGUAAUAUCAAUGAAGAAAAAACAAGGUACCGAAGUCCAUGAUUUAUCAACUUUAAACACUGAACAGUUUCUUAGUGAUACAAAUUCAGUUCAUACUGUUAAAUCUAAAGUAAGUGAAGAAAUUGACGAGAUAUUUGAAAAUAAGCAAAAUGAAGGAAAACUGAGUAGAAAUCAGAGAAGGAAAAGAAACAAAAACAAAAACAAAACUUUGGCAGAUGAAAAGAGUGAAAGCAAAAAGUCUAAGUCAGCUGAACACCAAAAGAAAAGUAAAAAAGAUAAAGUUGAUAAAAAAUUUGAUAUUGAUGCUGACAGUGAUAAUGAUGAUGAGUUGAAAAGUGAUUCUGGUGAUAUUGUAGCUAAGAAUAACAAAGCUGUUGUUAAUGAAGAAGAGGAAGAAGUUGAUGAAGAGGAACAGAUGAACAAUGAAUCACUUAGCAGGAAAAGAACUAUUGAGGAAUUUGAAGAAAUAUUAUCUGAUGAUAGUAAUGAAGAAAUAACAACUCGUAAGAAAAUGAAAACAGAUGGUAAAAAUAAGAAGAAAAGGAAGGAGACUCAACAGCAAGAGAAAAAUAAGGCAAAAGAAGCAUUUGUUGAUCCGAAGAAAUUGUUUACAAUAGAAAAUAAAAUUAGACAAGUUGGGUCCACACCAAAUGUUAUAGACACUGAGAAUGAUAAUGAUGUUGAUGCGGAUGAACAGCAGAGGUUGACAAUUGCUCAAGCGUUUGCUGAUGAUGAUGUUAUAGAAGAGUUUAGUAGAGAGAAGGAGGAUAUGGUAGAAAAAGGAAAACCUAAAGACAUUGACCUUACACUGCCUGGCUGGGGCUCAUGGGGUGGCGAGGGUAUCAAGGUCUCUGCAAGGAAAAGAAAAAGGUUCACUGUUAAAGCACCUCCGCCUUUACCAAGGAAAGAUGGACAUCUUGGUCAUGUAAUUGUGAAUGAAUCCAGGAUGGCAGCAGUGGCAAAACACAUGGUGCAUGAGAUUCCGUUCCCUUACACAAGUACUGAGCAGUUUGAGAAAAGUAUUCGAGCUCCACUUGGUAAAACGUGGAAUCCGGAGGCUGUCCAUAAAGAUCUGGUGAAACCCAAAGUUGUUACUAGUCUGGGAAAGAUCAUUAAUCCUAUUAACAAGUCUGAGGGACCUGAACUUGUCCGCCAAGUUUUCCUUGAACGUGGCUGGGUUGAGUUUGACGAGGAUGACCAAAGUGAGUCAGACUGGAAUUUAUGGUGGCGAACAUCACGCUUCCGACUCAGUGACUAUGAGAAUCUUUUCCCUUGGCAAAGACUCAAUCAUUAUCCAAAGUCAACUGGAAUUACAAAGAAGGAUUGUUUGGUCAGGAACUUGAAACGCAUGAAAGGUGUCCAUGGCUCGGCGAUGUAUAAUUUUAGUCCAGUGUCUUUUAAUUUGCCAAAUGAUUACACAAGAUAUCUUGCUGAGUAUGGAAAGAUCAAAGCAAAAACUGAUCCAAAGAAUUUUGCCUGGAUAUGUAAGCCAGCUGAUAUGUCACGUGGUCGUGGUAUAUUUGUGUUUAAAGAUAUUUCUGAUUUGCAGUAUGAUUGUAAUGCAGUGGUACAGCAAUACAUUGCUUGUCCUCUGUUGAUAGGUGGCUACAAAUUUGAUAUACGUUUAUAUGUGGCAGUGCCGUCUUUCCAUCCAUUGACAGUUUAUGUAUUCCAAGAAGGGAUUGUUAGAUUCAGUACAGAAAAAUAUGAUAUGUCAGCUCUAAACAACAUCUUUGCACACUUGACCAAUACAUCUAUCAAUAAACACAGUCCAUCAUACACAACAGACAAGGAAAGAAUUGGACCAGGAUGCAAGUGGACCCUCACUCAAUUGCGGUACUAUCUACAUCAAAACAGUCUGGAUGACCGACUGCUGUGGGCUAGAGUUACAAACAUAAUUAUUCUGACUUUGCUAAUACAAGCUCCCCAAGUGCCAAAAGAAAAGAACUGCUAUGAACUGUAUGGUUUUGAUAUUCUGAUUGACGAGAAUUUGAAACCUUGGCUUCUUGAAGUUAAUUUUAGCCCUGCUGUUGGCACAGAUUGCCAGGUUGAUGUCCUUGUUAAGAAGCCUAUGCUUCAUGAUUUAAUAGACAUGCUAAACUUCAAGGAUAGUGAUGCUGAUCGUGUUGGUGUAGAAAAGCAGGUUAAUACAGGUCGGCUGACAAACAGAGGUAGAAUGUCUGCAAAUAGGAACAAACCUGAGCCAGUAGACAGGACAACCACGUCAAGCAGACUGAGCCAGCGUGGCGGAAUACAACGAAUGAACUCUACAAUAUCAGCCACCUUGAAAAGCAUUGACCCGCCUGAAGUUGAGCAAACAUUGUCUUUCAUUCAGCAGGACAAUCCGUCCAUUCAGAAAACCAGUGAAGAGAAAAUGUGCUAUGGUUUACCACUGGUUUACCCUUCAGAUGAUGAGAAAGGUGACAGUGAGGAUCAUUCUGGUAGAUCUAGUGCCAAAAGUGACUAUAUUGAAGCAGAUAUUUAUGCUCUUUACUCAGGGGCAAGAUUCACACCUGCCCCAACAAUAACUUCUAUAGGACAGCCAACUCUAGAGAAGUCAUACGGUUCAUUUGAAAGAAGUGGGACAAUGUCUUCUAUUAAGAAAACUGAAUCUGUGCAAUCUCUUAAUCAGCGUGGUGAUAAACUGUCUCUUAAAAGUUUUGGAAACUCGGACAGUGCUUAUUCUAGUUUCUCUGAUAACUCUGAUAAAGUGACUGUGAGUAGUACAAAUAGUAAAAGUAAAAUAUUCAGUCAUAGAAGGAAAAGCUAUUCCUUACAAACAGAGGUACUCUCAGAGACACCAAGAGAAGCUGACUCGUUUCAGAUCAAAUCUUUGAGGCCGACAGAAAACUCAAAAUCUUUAAGGAAAGUGUCAAACCGAGGUGUAACACCUGUAAAUAAUAUAGUCAGUUUUAGAAGUAAAUCUAGGGUGAAUGUGCCCCAAAUUGAUAGAAAUAUGACUAAAAGUAGAAAUGUUUCAAGAACACCUUCAAACUUUGUUACUAGAUCAAGUUCUAGAUUUGGUAAUGUAUCAAGGAGAAGUGAUCAGGAAUUCAGUCAGAAAAAUCAUGCUCAGGGAGUCAUGUCAAGUAUGUCAUCUGUUUCAAAAACCCCUAGAGAGAAAGAGACAAUAAAUCUAGGACUGACUGGAAUAUCCAAGAAAACACCAACAAGUCAUAAGUUCCGCCAGAAAUCAAAGUCGCUGAUGUCGCAUCAUAAACCUAAAGGUCCUCCGCCCAAGGUUGGGGACUUCUUUUUAGUCUUUCCUUUCAAUGAAGGGACCUUCAAAGCUGCCAACUCUACACUUGAUCCUCAUGUAGUUAUCAAAGAAACUCAGAAACUCUUCAAGGAUUUGAAACUGGAGGUAGAAAAGGCAUCAGAUGACAGGAAGAUUGGAGGACUGCUCCCGUAUGGGUCUGCAGCAGACGCAGAGAGACUCUGGGCUCCAGUAAAACCACAACCAGAGGAGCAGUGAGACUGUAUUGUCCAGGUUAAGAAUCAUGAUGUACAGUAAAGCUUGAUGUUUGGUAUCAGAAAAUGAUACAGAGUGAUCGAGAAAUCAUGUUGUUGAUCAUGUUAAAGAAAUCUGGAAUUGUGGGAAAUGGUCAUGGCAGUAAACAGAUCCUGUUGCAUUUAGGGAAUCCAGGUUGAAGAAAAGUCGUAUGUGUAAGACAAGAUUUACAUGCAGCAUUUUGAAUAUGGUGAAUUAUUACAAAGUCUGAUAUCCUUUCCACACAAAUUACAUUACUGGGUCUGGUAGAAAUGUCGUUGUAUCUAUUUUUGAUCUAUGUUCUGUUGCAUUGUUUUCCAAGGGGAAAAACAAAGAUAGCUACACACAGCUCAUCAAUUGGAUAAAGUUCUAAGCAAUUUGGUCAAGCACUGUAAAUAUAUUAAGUAUAUUUCUGCAUAUGUUUAUCAAAUGUUGGCCAGUGCAGUCUUGCAAUAUAAAGUUUGGGGAAAAAGUUAUUUCCGUAAAAAUAUACAAAAUAUACAUGUACAUUUUGUAUAUUGCAAUAUUAUUUAUUGUUAUCUUUUGUGCUUGCAGUCAGUUGUAAAAUAUUGCAGAGCAAGAAUUAAGCUAAUUUUUAGCUUGACUAUUCAAAGAAUAGUCUAGCUAUUCUACUCACCCUGGCGUCGGCAUUGGCGUCGGUGUCACACCCUGGUUAAAGUUUUGCAUGCAGGUACAUAUGGCUAUCAUUUAAAGGCAUAUAGCUUUGAAACUUAUUUUUUUCUUUUUCUAGGUCAAUUACCAACCUCACUGGGUCAAGUGCCAUAACUCUGACAUGUAUUUUGGCCAAAUUGUGCCCCCUUUUGGACUUAGAAAAUCCUGGUUAAGUUCUACAUGCAAGUUACUAUCUCCAAAACUAAUGCCGAUAUUGAAUUGAAACUUCACAUGUGUCUUCGGGGUUAUAAAACUAGGUGAUAGCAUCAAGAGCUAUAACUCUGACAUGCAUUUUGGCCAAAUUAUGCCCCCUUUUGAACUUAGAAAAUCCUGGUUAAAGUUUUGCAUGCAAGUACAUAUAGCUAUUACUUAAAGGCAUAUAGCUCUGUAACUUAUUUUUUCUUUUCUAGGUCAAUUAAUUACCAACCUCACUGGGUCAAGUCCCAUAACUCUGUCAUGUAUUUUGUGCAAAUUAUGCCUCGUUUUGGACUUAGAAAAUCCUGGUUAAAGUUUUGCAUGCAAGUUAAUAUCUCCAAAUCAAAUGCAGAUAUUGAAUUGAAACUUUACUGUAUCUUCAGGGUUACAAAACUAGGUUAUAGCAUCAAGUCCCAUAACUCUGACAUGCAUUUUGGCCAAAUUAUGUCCCCUGUGAACUUAAAACUUCCGGUUAAAGUUUUGCAUGCAAGUUGCUAUCUCCAAAACUAAUGCAGAUACUGGAUUGAAACUCUAUAGAUAUUCUAACAUUAAGGGUAAUAUUCCUGCUUCUGGGACAACAAUUCGAAUAGUCGAGUAUUUGCUGUCUUACGGACAGCUCUUGUUAUUAACUUAUAUUAAGUCUAAACAUGAUUUUAUAUUUUGCUGCCGUUACCUGGUCAUUGACAAAUUUUUGCCUUUUGAUGACGUCUGCUUUCAGAAUUAAUGUAGUAUCUUCCUUUAAUUUAAAACAAGAGAAGUAUUUUAUAUUUGACUGUGAUAUUUAAUAAGUAUUUAUACAAUGUAAUUUUAAACAAUGUUUUGUUAAACAUGAUCUGUUAGAUAAGAUUACAAGGUAUAUUUGUUAAGUUAGAAUGUUUUGUUUCUUUGUGAGGAUUGUUAAAGGUGAUUUUAACAUAGGGCUGUCAUUGAAAUGAGAAAUGUCAUAUAUCAACUGACAAAUAUCAUAUAUCAGCUGACAAAUAUCAUAUAUUGACUGACAAGUAUGAAGAAAACAUCAAUACUGUGAAAUCAUUUAAUUUCGUCGUCCUUCAUUCCGUCCGUCGUCCUUCCGAGAAUGUUGUGUCGCGCCUAGCUCCAAAAGUAUUUGACCUAGAGUCACAAAACUUUACAGGAAUGUUGGUCAGCAUGUGUAGUUGUGCACCUGGGGUUUCGCGCCCGAAUUCAUUCAGUCAUUUAGGAGUUAUGGCCCCUGACUUUGUAAAAAUUGGUUAUUUUAGUGUUGUGUCGCGCCUAACUCCAAAAGUAUUUGACGUAGAGUCACAAAACUUUACAGGAAUGUUGGUCAGCAUGUGUAGUUGUGCACCUGGGGUUUCGCGUCCGGAUUCAUUCAGUUGUGUAGGAGCUAUGGACCCUGACUCAGUAAGAAAUUAGUCAUUUUAAUGUUGUGUCGCACGUAGCUCCAAAAGUAUUUGACCUAGAGUCACCAAAGUUUACAGGAAUUUUGGUCAGCAUGUGCAUUUGUGCACCUGGGGUUUCGCGUCCGGAUUCAUUCAGUUAUGUAGGAGCUAUGGCCCCUGACUCAGUAAGAAAUUAGUCAUUUUAAUGUUGUGUCGCAUGUAGCUCCAAAAGUAUUUGACCUAGAGUCACGAAAGUUUACAGGAAUGUUGGUCAGCAUGUGCAUUUGUGCACUUGGGGUUUCGCAUCUGGAUUCAUUCAGUCGUGUAGGAGUUAUGGCCCCUGACUUAGUAAAAAAUUGGUCAUUUUGAUGUUGUGUCACGCCUAGCUCCAAAAGUAUUUGACCUAGAGUCACGAAAGUUUACAGCAAUGUUGGUCAGCAUGUGCAGUUGUGCACCUGGGGUUUCACGUCCAGAUUCAUUCAGUAUUGUAGGAGUUAUGGCCCCUGACCUAGGAAAAAAUUUGUGUCCUUUGUCAUGUAGUGGGGGCAUCUGUGUCCCAUGGACACAUUUCUAGUUUUAAAAAAAAAUUCUCAUAAUUUCCACAGAAAUAGAUCUAGUAUAUCAUUUUGUUCUUACUUGUGAAACCUACACAUGUCAAACAGUGCUACCAUGGUUACUGAAUUUGCAAUCUACACCACGGGAAAUUAGCGAGUAAUCAUGUGCCAAUUAAAUACCGUGUUAUCUUAUACAACUCCAAAUUUGUAAAACUGGCGCCAAUUAAAAGGUGUCAAAACCCUAGCACCUGGGAUAUAGUCUUGCACAAUUAGCUUCCUUAAUCGAAUCAAGUAAAACUAAUGGCUAGUGUAUAAACACUGCAGAACGGGGCCGAAAAAAUUCAAAUAACAGUCGCAGCACAGUGCAGUCAGUUACAUGAUGCUACAUCAAACUACUAUUUUUAGUAUCUACUUUCACUUUGACGAGCAUGUUGUAAACAAAAUACUGGUAAAUGUCUUGAUGAAAUAGUCAGUUUUGUUCCGAAGCGUAUGUUUAUCGUUGAUGGAGCCUCCAUAAACUACACAAAAGCUGCAGGUCAGUACUGCUGCAUGCACACAACUACGGACCAGAUCCGAAGGCUAUGGUAUCUUUUUUGGUGACAUUGA